AUGCCUUUGAUGUAUCAGUUCACAGUUGUAAGUCUUCGUCUCUCUUUGUAUUCUAUGUGUCUUCCGUUGGAAUCUCUUCUUUUUCUUUUAGACAGGGAUCUAUUUAUAUUCUAUGCGUUAUCAAUUGUUCUUUCAUUUCCAUUAUUCAACAUCUCUUCUUUCAGCUUCGAUAUGCUGUUUGAUGCUUUUACUGUUGACAACUUUUCGCCUCUCCUCAUGAUGCACUUUAGAGGACGCGUUCAACGUUUCUUUUCAUUAUUAAAUCGUACCUUACUUCUCCUCUCCUUUUACAUUGACUUUUCACUUUCUUUCUUUUUUCUUAUUUUUCUUUACGGUCCUUCUCUAAUUUUUCUUCCUCCUUUCUUUUUCUUCCUCCUCUCUUUUUCUUUCCUUUACUUUGUCUCUUUUUCUUUGUUUCUCUCUUUAGCUCUGUCUCUCACUUUAUCUGUCUUUCUCGUUAUCUUCCCUUUUUUUCUCUUUCUUUUCUCUCUUUCUCUCUCUCUUCCCUUUUCUUCAUAUUUCUUCCUCUCAUUCUUUCUCUUUUUCUCAUCCUUCGCUAUUCUAUUUCUUUUCUUUUCUACGUCUUUAUUCUAUUUCUUUUCUACGCAUUUAUUAUAUUGUAUUUCUUGUUUUACGUCUUCUCUAUUGUAUUUCUUUUUUUACGUCUUCUCUAUUGUACUUCUUUUUGCCUCUCUUCCUCUUUCUUUCUCUUCUCUCAUUCUUUCUCUUCUCUUUCUUUCUUUGUCUCUUUCUUUCUCUUCUCUCUUUCUUCCUCUCCUCUAUUUCUUUCUUCCUCUCUUUCUCUUCUCUCUUUCUUUCUUUCAUUCUAUUUCGUUCGCUCAUUCUUCUUUCCAUCCGUUUGACCAUUAUUACAUUUUUUCUUUGUCUUCUUUUCUUCAGAAUUAUGCGUUUCUUUCUGUCUGCAUAUUUUAUUCUCGCAAAAUGCUUUUAUAUUCAUUAAUAUUUUUCACGCCAGCGCUUCGUUUUCCUCAUCUCGUCUUAUUUUCUUGCUUUAUCCUCUUCAUUCAUACAGGAUGUCCCGUCCCGACCAUUUUCGUCACAUCUUCCCACGAGUUUCAUAUUAUGAAUUCCUUUUAUAACUUUAAUCUUUUCACUUUGUCUUCUCCAUCAUUUCAUCUUUCUUACUCUCUUUUUUCUUUCUUCAGCUUCAAUUAA